CAGGGAGGUAUUGCUCACAACAGAGGUUGGGGUUAAAGUACUCCUCUAUCCAAAGGUAGCUUGUUUGGAUCAACUCAACCUCUUUGAGACUAUGUUAUUACGGAGUGAUGGUAGAAUAGAUUUUAUUAAUGAGCAUGCUCACAGGUUUGCCAAGAGUGCUGCUACUCUAUGGGGGGUAGACCAAGCAGUGGCUAACAGGGCAUUCAGGACUGUACUGGAUGCCAGAGUUAUGGGGAUAAGUGGGCCUAGACGACUACGAUUAGAGAUGAGCUGUGGCCUUGUCGAGGAAAGGUGGACUUGUGAGGAGUGUCCUACCCCUAUAUCCUGUCAGUACCUCCACCUAGCUGAGUUUGGUGUGGACCACUCGGACCUAAGGCUGAGGCAUAAGACCAAUGAUCGGAGGCUCUAUCCACCUCCCGUACAGUCUUCAUGUAUACUCUAUAAUGAGCGUAGUGAAGUCACUGAGACCCCCAUCGCGAAUAUCGGUCUCAGAGGGGAUGACGGGCUAAUCAUCACCCCUCCAGUAGAGUGUGGUCUCCUACCAGGGUGCUAUAGGAGGUGGCUACUAGACAGUGGUAAGGCUAUUGAGAGGAUCAUUACAUUGGAGAUGCUGAAGGAAUACAUACAGGCUGGUCAUGAGAUAGUGUGUUUCAACAGUGUUCGUGGCAUUUGGCGAGCCAAGAUAGAGCCUGACUUACUCUCAUGAAUCUAGUUUCAACACGUUUCUUAC